AUGCCAACGCAGUUCCUAAGCCUGCCCGGCGAGAUACGCAAUCAAGUAUAUAGACACGCCCUCGUACGGCAAGAAACCAUUGGCCUGCAGUAUGGUAAAUGUACAGCCCGCGGCAUCAUACCCAAUCUGCUCUGUACAAGCCGACGGAUCCACCGCGAGGCUCUGCCAUUCCUAUAUGGCGAAAACCGGUUCGCCUUACUUGCUCUGAAUAGGGUGAUGGCGGGGGAGAUUGCCAGAUUCCCAGAUCAAAUCGGGCCCCGCAAUGGCCGCUUUAUUGAAAGUGUUCAGAUCUGUCAUCCUAUCUUCCGCAAUCUGGGCGAUGAUGCGAAACUGGACGAGAACUGCGUGCAGCUGCUUUCCAGGCUGCAGAGACAGUGUCCUAAUCUCAAGACCCUUAUUAUGUGUCCGAAAAGCACGGAUUUUGUGAUAAGAUUGCAGUUGGCGCCGCUGGUUCCUGUGAAUCCGAGUUAUAUCACCGAGUCGCUGUUGUCCUUUGAUGGCCGUCUGAAGGCUAUUCCUUCGCUUGAGGAGAUCAUUGUUCAGGUUUACCAGGAUACGCCGCUUCUUAAUUUUCUCAGAGGAAUGGAGCCGCGAGGCUGGAGGAUUGAUGUGCUCGAUGCAGUCAGUCGACACAGCGACGACGAACUGCAGGAUAAUGUCUUUGGACGCAUUGCCCCGAGCCCACUAAGAAGAUCAUGA